UACAGAUGACGAAACUCCAGAAAUACUUUAUAAUUUGGUUUUUUGCCAUUUUUUGGGUGGGUAUUCCAGCCACACCGAUUUGUCCUUUGGCAACAAGCUGCGAGCCUUUCAAUGAGACAACUGCCGUUUGUUUCUUAGAUGAAAAUGAGGGCUGUAUACGAAAAUAUGCAUCAAAGUGUCAUUUAAAUAUUGCUGCUUGUCUUAAAAGGAAAAAUUAUACGAAUUAUGAUAAUUUAUAUUGCUCAAUGGAGACUUAUAUUUGCGAAGCAAGUCCCACAUAUGCACGUUGGACAAUAUUCUUUGGCCAUAAAAUGGAUUAAUAUCGUUUUCAAUUUCAAAAUGUUGCUUUUGAACAUUAUAUUUAGGAUAUAAAAGCAAAUGUAUGCUGAGAAAUAACAACUUGAAAUCCGGAUCCGUGUUAAAUGGGCCAUGGGAUUCAUCCAAAAUGGAGAGUUCUCUUGUUGUAUUAGUUAAGUUUAAACUUGUUUUAUUCGUGGUUAUCGUUUUAAAAUAAAUUAAGCA